GUGAGUGUGAGGAAGCACACCUGUAAUCCCAGCACACAGGAGGUGGAGGCAGGAGGAUCAGGAAUUCAAAGUCAUCCUUGGCUACACAGUGAGUUUAAAGCCAACAUGAACUACAUAAGAUCUAUCUUGAAAAAAUAUUUUCAGUGAUCAUCUGUUAGUAUAGGUAGAACUCAUAAUGUCAAAUAAAAUACGCAAAAUAUACAAAUGCAGAUUUCAAUAUACAUUUUAUAUAUGUUAUACAUUUUCAAUAUACAUAUAUUUCAAAUAUAUUUCCAUGUAAAUGUAUAAGUACAGAACAAAGAUAGGAAAAAACCCCAGGUGCCUAAUAGCAAUUACUUCUGAGCAGUUGAGUAGUCAAGGACUUCUCCUUGAGACUGUAUUUCCUGGAAUUCUGUUGGAAACAUCUCUUGACAGGUACAGGGAGGGCACAGGUGCCGGUCUGGAGCUUAGCAGCUGGUGUGGCAGGUGGUCUGGCCUCCCCUUUAGAACUACCAGGGUACUGUGGCCUGGGGAGGGUUGGUCUGGGCAGACUUUGGAGGUGGAAAGGAGACAGGGUGCAGUAGUGGAUGGAGGAGUGCAGCGCAGGAAGCCAAGCUGCUACACCACCAGCCACCAAGGACAAGUGACAAAGCACUUCCAGUCUGACCAGUGGCCAAGGGGGGGGGGGGACACGGACGACAAGGGUGGUAGGCUGAAGUGCUGUGAGGUGGGGGGACACGGACGACAAGGGUGGUAGGCUGAAGUGCUGUGAGGUGAGGGGGCAAAGGGGACGGCAGACUUCAAGGUGAAUGUUGCUAAGAGGGUCUGGUGACAGGUGGAUCUCUGUGAGUUUGAGGCCAGCCUGGUCUACACAGUGAGUUCUGGACCAGCCAGAGCUACACAGAGAAACCCUGUCUUCAAACCAACCAACCAACCAACCAACCAACCAACCAACCAACCAAUCAACCUUUAAGUGGCAGAGAAGUGCAACACAGUUCUGACAGGCAAGAGAAAGUAGUUAAACCUUCUGUGGUUUGGGAUCCUCCUCUUCACCCUGGACCCCCUGGCUCCCUCCUGAGGGCUGGGCUAUCCCUGUCCCCUCACUGCUCCUGCCCACUGUUAUCCUCUCAGCUAGGAUGCUCUAGUGCCUAGGAAGGGAAGAUGGGGGCAGCUUCAGGAAAGGAAGCAGCAGUUCUUUGAUAUGUCCUAAGAUAAAGACAAGGCAUCAUGGCAGGUUAGGGCAGAGCAAUACUCCAUUCUUCAAGAAAGAUGGGGAGUAGCUGGGACAUCCCAGAGAAGGGCCCCAACACAGGACAGGCAAAGGCUACUAGGUAGAAGACCUGCUUAUGCUUAAAAAGAAAUCAAGAUCCUAGGACAAGUGGGAGAGACAGAUCAAGGAGUCUAGAGUCACGACAGACAAAUGCAAAAAUGGUUGGAUCACUUUCGGGUGCUUCUACUCUCCCUGUUUCCCACCUCCACAGGAGUGCUGGGAUUACAGAUGUGUGAGCCAGUUCCAGAGCCUGAAACUGGAGGCACAGGCUGGAGGAGAUUGUGCUGCUCACUGAGACAUCCUCUCCCCACUCUCUAAACUAAAGCUUUGGGGGCUGGAGAGAGUCCUUCAGUUAGGAGCACUUGCUGCUCUUCCAAAGGAGCUGGACUUGAUUUCCAGCACCUAUCUGGCAGCACAGGUCAGUAACUCUAGUCCAGAGGAAAUCUGAUGCCCUCUUCUGGUCUCCAUGGACAUUGCAUGCAUGUGGUACACAAGCAAAACACUCACACAUACAAAAAAUAUUUUUUUAAAAAAUGAAGAAGCCGGGCGGUGGUGGUGCACGCCUUUGAUCCCAGCACUUGGGAGGCAGAGCCAGGGGGAUCUCUGUGAGUUCGAGGCCAGUCUGGUCUAUAGAGUGAGAUCCAGGACAAGCACCAAAACUACACAGAGAAGCCCUGUCAUGAAAAACCAAAAAAAAAACAAAAAAACAAAAAAAACAAAAAAACAAAAAACCCCCAAAAAAAGAAAGAAAAAAGAAAAGCUUUAAGAGUCAUUUCAAAAGAUUUAUUUAUAUUUAUGUAUGGACCUGCAUUAGUUUAAAUGCACCAUGUGCAUGCACGUACCUGUGGAGGCCACAGGGUAUUGUACCCCCAAGCAACCCUGCUCCCAGAUACACUGAAGAGCUGCAGACAAGCUGACAGUAACAUCUAAAACCUCAGCAACAGAGGAUCUGUAGUUUGGAAGCAGCUUGUCACCAUGCAGUGAUCAAAGACAUAGUUGAAAGGUUUUCUGCUGACAAAGCUAGUUGAGUGGCGUUUGAAUUGGGACAUAUUUGCUUUGGAAGGUACAAACAGCCCAGCACCAAAGUUCACACUGAAACCCUGCUCGUGGCCCUUUCUGAUUUCAUCUCUGUAACGCCACUGCUCAGAGGCACACAGCUUUAGCUCUGCAAACAUGAAGCAUCCCUUCCACCCUCUUCUUCUUCCUGUCCUCAUGUCUGUGUGUGUUGGGAGCAAUGGCCUUGCUGAGCAGCCAGCUAAUGAAAACUUGAGCAUGUCCUUCCUGCCUGCUAACUUCCACAAAGAAAACACAGUCACCAAUGACUGGAUUCCAGAGGGGGAGGAGGAGGAGGACUAUCUGGACUUGGAGAAGCUAUUCAGUGAAGAUGACGACUACAUUUACAUCAUUGAUGCAGUUUCCCCGAUAGACGCAGAAUCAAGUGCUGGGAACAUCCUGCAGCUUUUCCAAGGCAAGAGCCGGAUCCAGCGUCUUAAUAUCCUCAAUGCAAAGUUUGCCUUCAACCUUUACCGAGUCCUGAAGGACCAGGCCCCCACUUCCGAUAACAUCUUCCUAGCACCUGUUGGCAUUUCUACUGCCAUGGGGAUGAUUUCCUUAGGCUUGAGAGGAGAGACCCAUGAGGAAGUACACUCAGUUCUACACUUUAAAGACUUUGUCAAUGCUAGCAGCAAGUAUGAGAUUACCACCAUUCAUAAUCUCUUUCGAAAGUUGACCCAUCGCCUAUUCAGGAGGAACUUUGGGUACACGCUCCAGUCAGUUAACAACCUUUAUAUUCAGAAGCAGUUUCCCAUCCGGGAGGACUUCAAAGCUGAUAUGAGGGAGUUUUACUUUGCUGAGGCCCAGGUAGGUGACUUCUCAGAUCCUGCCUUCAUAUCGAAGGCAAACAACCGCAUUUUGAAGCUCACCAAGGGCCUCAUAAAAGAAGCUCUGGAAAAUAUAGAUCCUGCUACUCAGAUGAUGAUCCUGAACUGCAUCUACUUCAAAGGAACUUGGGUGAAUAAAUUCCCAGUAGAAAUGACACACAACCACAACUUCCGGCUCAACGAGCGAGAGGUAGUUAAAGUCUCCAUGAUGCAGACUAAAGGGAAUUUCCUUGCAGCAAGUGACCAGGAGCUGGACUGUGACAUUCUGCAGCUGGAGUAUGUAGGGGGCAUCAGCAUGUUAAUUGUGAUCCCACGCAAGCUGUCGGGAAUGAAGACUCUUGAGGCGCAGCUGACGCCCCAGGUAGUAGAGAGAUGGCAAAAAAGCAUGACGAACAGAACUCGAGAGGUACUUCUGCCCAAAUUUAAGCUUGAGAAGAACUACAACCUGGUGGAGGUCCUCAAGUCCAUGGGAAUCACAAAGCUGUUCAACAAAAACGGCAACAUGUCAGGCAUCUCAGAGCAAUGGAUCACUGUUGACCUGUUUAAGCACCGAAGCACCAUCACGGUGGAUGAAGAGGGCACACAAGCCGCAGCUGUGACCACGGUGGGGUUCAUGCCGCUGUCUACCCAAGUCCGCUUCACAGUUGACCGACCUUUCCUGUUUCUAGUGUAUGAGCACCGAACCAGCUGCCUGCUCUUCAUGGGGAGAGUGGCCAACCCCACCAGGUCUUAACGGUGGCAGUCUGGGCACCUGCUGUAGUUUGGGGACACUGUAAUUCUGUUCUCAGUCUAACAAAGAGGGCAGAGAUAUUUUGAUAUGAUAACUUACGUGGUUUAUGAUAAUAUCUGAAUUUAAGGCCCACAUAGGAGAAAAAAGUUACCAAGGACUAAGAAGUUGGCACAGUAAACAAGGCCACAAGACCACAGAAGUUAAUGUACUAACUCUAGUGCUAGCCAUUCCCCAGAAUGUCCUGGCAACAUACAGACUGCCUCAGCCCCGACUCCUGUGCCCCUAAGAGCUAACCACUGGAGUGCAUGUGACCCUCUCUCUGCGGGUGGCCUCAUCAGCUUUAUUAUUCAAGGCUUCUUCUCAAACAGUCCCCAUCUGAAGGCUGUUCAGGCUUCCCCCUCCCAGGGAGGAUGCCCAAGCAGCACAGUUCCCGCCAGUGGAAAAGUAACCUCAACACACCUGAGAUGCUGGGACCAUCUCCUCCUCUCCUGCUGCCUCACAGGUUACCUAGGUGUGUACACAAGGCUACAGAUCCUAUUCUAGAAAUAAAUAAACAACUAUAUUUACUGUGUAUCUGUUAUAAUUCUUUUUUUUUUUUUUUUAAAAAAAGGGGGUUUCACUAUGUAGCUUUGGUUGGACUGGAAGUUGCUAGGUAGACCAACUGGCCUUGAAAUCAGAGUUCUGCCUACUUCUGACUCCUGAGUGUUGGGAUCCCUAAAGGCAUGUACCACAACACCCAGCAUAAUUCUAUUUUUUUUCAGCUCAAAUAACAAAGGGCAAGUUGAAAAACACCCUUAAGAAAGAAAAGAUGACAGGAAGUCACUCAAGUGCUGUGCGGUGACUAACACACUAAACAAGGCAGACUCAGGACAAAGACAAGGUGUGAGUCCUGGGUACCAGUCUGAUGUGACGGAAUGCCUGAGACAAGUGCUCUAGUGUCAUGAGCCAGAAACUCAGUCUUUUGUGAGCUGUACGCUUUAACUUCCAUCUCUCAGACGUGGCCCUGUAGGAGGUCUAGUCCGAUAAAGCUGGCAACAUCCAAUGAAUACGAUUUGGGAUCAUUCACAAGGCUCCAAAGGCUGCUCAGAAGGCAUGGAUCAAGAUGUGCCUUUAGUGGGGACCAGCGGCGGCUGUAAUAGGAGCAGCAGCCACAAGCUCUGUGCAUACAGGCUAACUCACUGUAAUCCCCACACCUUAGAGGAAGAAGUUUUAUUUCCCAACAAUGCAAGAGCUGGAAGGGUUCUAAAACAUGCACAAAAUACAGCUGCAAGGUGGGGCUGGGGACCAAGGCCAGGCUUGCUGGACUUGAGGGUCUUGUAGGGAGUUUCAGUCACAGAUGACUCCGACCACUUGAAGCAAUGCCAGUAAUGGGAACAGUGAGAAGGGCACGCUAUCUCCAGUGCGGGGAACACAGCACACGGACACUGCUAUACGCAUGAUGCUGCUGGCUUUGGAGCUCACACUCAUCACCUCCUCUUGACAGCUGAGGAAGCAAGGGCAACUUACAGAAGGGGGUAAUCUGACAGGCCUAGACCCCAGGUAGGUAGGCUCCAGGACCCGCAACCUCGCUAACUGUCUUCUACCAGCACUCUAUUGAGAAAAGACAGUAAGGGACUGAGGAAAGUCUCCCCAUUACAUCGUUUCCGCUUCUUAGAAAGCCUGAGUAAUGAUGGCCCGUCACUUCCUUCCUUCAAUUUGUUUUAACACUGUUCUUUUCUGGUGUUUGUUGGCAAUUUUUCUUGCUCCUUACAUUUCUAAGAUUUAUUUAUUUUUAUUAUGUAUACAGUGUUCUGCCUGCAGGCCAGAGAGGGCGCCAGAUCACAUUACGGAUGGUUGUGAGCUACCAUGUGGUUGCUGGGAAUUGAACUCAGAACCUCUGGGAGAACAGCCAGUGCUCUUAACCCCUGAGCCAUCUCUCCAGCCCGCUCCUUACAUUUCUAAAUGUAGUCAUCUCAAACUUGUGUCCUAAAAAGCUGGAUGGAUAUGUCCCUGUAAUCCCAGUUAUUUCAGAGGCUGAGGUUAGGAUUAGUUGAGCCUAAAAGUUAGAGCCUGGACUAGAAGGUAAAGUCCUGUCUCUAAACAAAGACCUCCCCUGCCCCGUCCUCAGCCCUUUGUCAUGUCACUUCCAAUCCCCAGCCCAGCCACAGCAGCCUAGGCUGCUCCAGACUCCUGCACAGGGCAGGCCCCUCUCGUCUCCAUGAUCCCUACUUACUUACAUCUACUUGGAAUCCCUGGGACCCUCUUAAAGAGACUAGCUACCAUUUCUCAAAGCAGUAGAGGAUUAACUCACAGUGCAGGCUCCGGGCCAAGCUUCCUGGACUCAAAUCCGAUGCCUAGUAGCUAUGAGAUGUUGAGCAGGUUUUAUACCUCACUAUGCUUAUCUGUAAAAUGGAAAUAAAAGCAGCAGUGGUCUCGCAGGGCUGUUGUGAGGUGGUAAUACCUGGACAAGGUCUAGACCAGGGGUAAGCACUUCGUGUUCUAAUCUAAGAAAGCACUUUACCAAGGAGCUCCUAACUUAGAGGCCCUGGACAG